GUUAACUGGGUCACGAAAGAGUGAAGAAUCAAAAGGCGAUUUAACAAGAAUGCUCGAAUCGAUAGCCUUUUGUGAGUGAAACGUGUCUGAUGGUAAAGUGGUUGAGUAGAAUGAGUGGAGUGAGAGAUGGGAAAUUGAGAGUGGAUGUUGACGUUGUGGAGAUUUUAGAUUUGCGGGGAAAGUGGGGUGUGAUUUGUGGGGGAUCGCAGGGUCGAUCUGGCGUUUGUGGAUCAGGGACGGCUCCAAGGGCAUGGGGUAGGGUUUGGAUUUGCACAGUCUGGAGAUUGAGGUUGGUUGACGGGGCAAUGUCUGCUUCCUUGGGCCGAGGGACAGGAGUCGCGGGCUCAACGCGUGCAUCGUGGGAACGGAACCCGCAGUUGAGAAGGUUGCUGAGGUCCCCAAUGGCGGGUCAACGUACCACCUAAAUGCAAUUCAGAGCCAAUGAUGAAAUUUUCUGAAGAUCCAAGACAGAACUUAUACUCUCUAAAUAGUCCACUGUCUUUUGAAGGCAAAGCCUGAGUUCACCAAGAUUCGACGACGGUGAUUUGGGCGUAGAGGACUAGCGGUUGCCUUGUAUUGACCGGCAAUUGGCGCUCUGGAACAAGAAUCUGUCGCCAGCUCAAAGAGAGAGCUGCACAAGACGUCCCUGCGUAGUCUCCC